AGUUGAAACUGCGUAUACCCCAAAAAAAAAUAUUUACAACAUAUAUUACUAAUAAUAUUUUUGUGAGUGUCAAAGAUAUAACAAAAGAGAGUCAGCGCCCAACUCUUGCUAGAGAGAGAUCUGCUUCGAGAUCAAGAUCACGACGACGACGAGGAUAAGGACGCCAGGGACGCGUGCCCCUCGUUAACUGUUGUGCCGCCAACUGUUUUCUCUAUCCACUAAAAGUGGCACAAAUCGGGUUAGACGUCGCUCCCAGAGCAUUAAUGGCUCAGCCCAGGUAUGACGAUGGCCUGCAUGGCUACGGCAUGGACUCUGGCGCCGCAGCAGCGGCAAUGUACGAUCCACAUGUCGGCCAUCGGCCGCCAGGAUUGCAAGGCCUGCCAUCACAUCAUUCACCGCACAUGACGCAUGCCGCUGCGGCAGCAGCCACAGUGGGCAUGCACGGCUACCAUUCGGGGGCCGGCACACAUGGUACACCUAGUCAUGUAUCACCGGUUGCUAAUCACCUAAUGGGCGCAAUACCCGAGGUACACAAACGUGAUAAGGAUGCGAUUUAUGAACAUCCGCUAUUCCCGCUCUUGGCGUUAAUAUUCGAGAAAUGCGAAUUGGCCACAUGUACGCCGAGAGAGCCCGGCGUGCAAGGUGGCGAUGUUUGUUCGUCGGAAUCGUUUAACGAGGAUAUUGCAAUGUUCAGUAAACAGAUAAGAUCGCAGAAACCCUACUAUACCGCAGAUCCCGAAGUCGAUUCACUGAUGGUGCAAGCAAUACAAGUGCUUCGGUUUCACCUUUUAGAAUUAGAAAAAGUACAUGAAUUAUGCGAUAAUUUCUGUCAUCGAUAUAUCUCAUGCUUAAAGGGUAAAAUGCCAAUAGAUUUAGUGAUCGACGAACGGGACACCACCAAACCACCAGAGUUAGGUUCAGCGAAUGGUGAGGGAAGAAGUAACGCCGAUUCGACAUCACACACCGAUGGAGCUAGUACACCAGACGUUCGGCCGCCCAGCUCAUCGCUGUCCUACGGGGGCGCAAUGAACGAUGAUGCUCGCUCGCCGGGCGCUGGUAGUACACCCGGCCCCUUGUCACAGCAGCCACCUGUCCUAGAUACAUCAGACCCUGAUGGUAAGUUCUUAUCAUCACUCAAUCCUUCAGAACUAACAUACGAUGGACGAUGGUGUCGAAGAGAAUGGUCCUCACCUGCCGACGCGCGCAAUGCAGACGCCUCGCGGCGACUCUACUCCUCAGUCUUCCUUGGUAGUCCUGACAAUUUCGGAACGAGUGCCAGCGGUGAUGCCAGCAAUGCCAGCAUAGGCAGUGGCGAGGGCACUGGCGAGGAGGAUGACGAUGCGAGCGGCAAAAAGAACCAAAAGAAACGUGGCAUUUUCCCAAAAGUAGCAACCAACAUAUUGAGAGCGUGGCUGUUUCAGCAUUUAACGCAUCCCUACCCAUCUGAGGACCAGAAAAAACAAUUGGCACAGGACACCGGCCUGACGAUACUGCAAGUGAACAAUUGGUUCAUCAAUGCGCGACGAAGAAUUGUGCAGCCGAUGAUAGAUCAAUCGAAUCGAGCAGUCUAUACACCGCAUCCAGGUCCCUCCGGUUAUGGUCACGAUGCCAUGGGCUACAUGAUGGACAGCCAAGCGCAUAUGAUGCAUCGUCCGCCCGGCGAUCCGGGCUUCCACCAAGGCUAUCCCCACUACCCGCCCGAGUACUACGGCCAGCACUUGUAAUACGCCGGAGCCGCGACCGCCGUCAACGGAGAGGCGCAAGUUGAACAGCACGCUGAGAGCAGCGACAAAGCCAAAAUCAUAGCUUAAACUACAACUACAACAAAUACAAAUACCAACAACAAAUACUACAACUAUUACCAGAGAGAGAGAGAGACAGUCGACAGUCGUGGUGAGAGGAGCAGGUGCAGGUGCAGGACAGACCGUCCCGUCCCCCCCCAUACUUUAACUAAUCCGAGUUGCAAUAUCAGUCAAGUACGCGUAAUAGAGCAAUGAACAAUUGUAGUAAAAUCUUAAAAACAAAAGCUUAUAUAAAAUAUAAAAUAAAAUAAACGAUGUUAGAUAAACAGUUGAAAGCAAAAGGCAGGCGCAGCAACAAUAUCAACAACAACAACAGCAGCAGCAGCAGCAGUAGCAGCAGCAAUCAUCAUC